GACUUCCGGUCGCCAUUCCUCAACGCAGGUUACGCUCCUUUCUUCCGCUGGCUGCGCCCUACUUUUCUUCCACUACGCACUUUGCGCAGCAGUCAGUGGCGAGGCUGUUCAGCUGGUUAGCAAACAUCGUCCGAGAUGAGCAGGGACCGGGACGACGGGAACAACCGCGGUCCAUCCAGCGCGAGCCCCGCAGCAGCCCCGAGCCGCCGCGUGGAGGUGGUGCGUUGAAGCUUCAUCGCGACGCAUCCCAGCAGCCGGUGUUCUGACCGGGUCCAAUCGGAUCAGAGGCUCUCGCACCAAGCCCCCUAUGGCAGUGAAGCCCCGCUGAAGGGCCGAGUGGUUCCUGAGCCGUGAAGCUUGAGCCUCUGUCAUGGUGGACCGGCUCCUCUGACCUUCACAUAGCAUGUUAGCAUGUGGCUAGCCCCGUAUGGUGACUGCUGCGGCCAUUAAACUCCUCCCUCCAUCACCGCCUCUGGCCCCCUUCAAGGGGGUGUAAGCCAGUUGGUCGUGGAGCCCCUCCCCGUCAUCUCCAUCCCUCUUUCAUUUAGUCACCUCUCCACCGCCGUCGCUCGUCUCCUACCAGAGCUGCUUAUUUUCUUCCUCUUCCGUUCCCCGGCUCGGUCCCCGCCCACUUUGAUUCUCACCUUGGCCCCGCCCACCUGGCGCCUGACAGCGAGGCUGCUCGGCAGUUGUUUUGGUAGUUGCUUUUGGUUGAUGGAAUCGGCUUAACCGUGGAGAGACCAGGCUACCACAAACUGAUGGACUUUGACAAGCGAGGGGUAGGGGGAGGGGGGGGGGGAGGAGGGAAAGCAGAGACGGAGGAAGGGAAGAGGAUGCCUGGGAAGACGGGCAGCCGGUCGGGGCACGGCGGGCGGGGCGCCAGCUCCAACUCCGGGGUCCUGAUGGUCGGACCCAACUUCCGCGUGGGGAAGAAGAUCGGCUGCGGGAACUUUGGGGAGCUGCGCCUGGGAAAGAACCUGUACACCAACGAAUACGUGGCCAUCAAACUGGAGCCCAUCAAGUCCCGGGCGCCACAGCUGCACCUGGAGUAUCGCUUCUACAAGCAGCUGGGCAGCUCAGAGGGCGUACCGCAGGUGUUUUACUUUGGGCCCUGUGGUAAAUACAACGCCAUGGUUCUGGAGCUCCUGGGACCGAGCCUAGAGGACCUGUUUGACCUGUGUGACCGGAGCUUCUCCCUGAAGACGGUGCUCAUGAUCGCCAUACAGCUGAUCACCCGGAUGGAGUUCGUCCACACCAGGAGCCUCAUCUACCGAGACGUGAAGCCGGAGAACUUCCUGGUGGGCCGGCCCGGCUCCAAGCGGCAGCACACCAUCCACAUCAUCGACUUCGGCCUGGCCAAGGAGUACAUCGACCCCGAGACCAAGAAGCACAUCCCCUACCGCGAGCACAAGAGCCUGACGGGCACGGCCCGCUACAUGAGCAUCAACACGCACCUGGGCAAAGAGCAAAGCAGGCGGGACGACCUGGAAGCUCUGGGCCACAUGUUCAUGUACUUCCUGCGAGGCAGCCUCCCCUGGCAGGGCCUCAAGGCCGACACUCUGAAGGAGCGCUACCAGAAGAUUGGAGACACCAAGAGGGACACGCCCAUAGAGGUGCUCUGUGAAGGCUUCCCAGAGAUGGCCACCUACCUGCGCUACGUGCGGCGGCUGGACUUCUUUGAGAAGCCGGACUACGACUACCUGAGGAAGCUGUUCACCGACCUGUUCGACAGGAACGGGCACAUCUUCGACUACCAGUACGACUGGACCGGGAAGCCACUGCCCACGCCCAUCGGCCCGGUGGCCAGCGAGACGCCGCUCCAGACCAGCGGCCGAGAGAAGGCGCCGCAGACCAAAAACCAGUCUCCCGAGGGGAAGGGCAGUGAGUCGCAGCCCACUCCAGUGACCAAUCGAGAGCUGCUGGGCUCCCACCUCACUGCUGAUAGGCUGGGCGGGUCCGUCCAGGUGAUGAGUUCCACCAAUGGGGAGCUCAACACAGACGACCCCACUGCAGGACACUCCAACGCACCAAUCACAGCCAAUGCAGAGGUGGAGGUGGCUGAUGAUACCAAGUGCUGCUGUUUCUUCAAGAGGAGGAAGAGGAAAGCUCUCCAGAGACACAAGUGAAGACCGGAGGAGAGAGCGGCCCGGGUCCCUCUGGGGGGCCUCUGUCUCUUCAUGUGCCCCCCAGACCCCCUCUGACCCUCCGUCCCUGCUGUUGGGGCUCCUGUAGUUUACCUGGAGUCGGCUGGGCCUCUGGGCAGCAGGAUGUGUUCUACUGGUUUCUACUGGUCUGGAGUGGGCGGCCUGCGGUUCCCCUGGGACCUCUACCCGGGGACCAGCUGCCCCAGCAGUCUUCUUGUAUUUAUGGUCACAAACUGAACUGGAACUGGAUCAACCGACCUGCUGGGGGACCAUGUGACCUCACACAGGCUGAGGCAGGCAGAUGAUUGGCUUACAGACUGGAGUCAGCUGGUUCACUGGUUCUCUCUUUAGUUCCCUAUCGAUGGAGAGAGAGAAGAGGACAAAGGACAGGAUGGACCACACACACACGCUGCACACUUGUCACACAGAGACUUCAUGGACGGAGCGGUGCAGCUCUCAGUCUAUAAAGUUUUUAUUCUCGAGGGUCAGAGGAAGCCGGCGUGGGCGGCCGGGUCUACUUCCUGGAGGCUCAGAUGCGUUUAAGAAGAUGUUUGUGUAAACUGCUUUUCUGUUUUAAUUUGUAACUAAAGAAACUGUCUACACUUUG